AUUUUCUUUUUUCUCUAUUCUCGUGAACUGAUAUCUUAAGAGGAAAUGGACGUAUUCUUUAUAUAUACAUAAGUAUAUGUAUUACAUUACAGAUUACAUUAACUCGAGUUCUCUUGUUCUCAAUUCUUCUCAAUCGAAGUCGGUUUAGUUAUACAGACCAUAUUCGAGGAUGAGGAUGUACGGCUCCGUUAUUUUAGUUCUUAUAGCUUUGGUGCUCUGCCAUAGAGGAGAUUCCCAGCUUUUGGAAGAUAACUGUUUUGAGCCAAAGAGUUUAGACUUUAGAAUAACUGGCGGUCAAAUGGCAAUUGUGAAUGCUCCGUUUAUGGUAGGCCUGUACAAUGAUACCGAACUUCAAUGCGGCGGCACACUAAUUACCAAAAAAUACGUUCUAUCAGCUGCUCACUGUAACCGUAAUUAUACUAUAACCGUCCGUUUGGGAUCGAAUUACCGAUUUUGCUCGCGGGUGAUUUGUCCAUACGUGGAGUAUCGUAACGCCGAGUUUAUACCACAUCCAAAGUUUAAUUCUGUACAUUCAGCUUACAAUGAUAUUGCUCUGCUAAAACUGGAUAAGGAAGUGACUUUCAAUGCCAAUAUCCAGCCAAUUUGCAUCGUCUUAGAUGAGGAGGUGAAAUCAGAUGGGGUCAACAAAUUUUUGGCUUACGGCUGGGGUAAUACAAAGCAGCAAAAUUCAACCAGUUAUCUGAAAUUCGUCGAUCUGGAGCGACUGCCUGCAGAGGAUUGCUAUGGUACCGUCAUAGGCCAAAUUUGCGCAGGCAGCCCACAUGGCGACACUUGCGGGGGCGACUCUGGUGGUCCUCUGGUGUCAAAUUUCAAAUACAGAGGAAGGAUAUUGUUGGUUCAGUUUGGGAUAAUAAGCUUUGGUAGUCAAGAUUGCGAUGGCAAUGGUAUCUAUACGGAUGUAAAUGAGAACAAAAUAUGGAUAGCUAAUACCGUGCUGGAGUCUGAGCCGCGUCUUCUGACUGAGCAAUGCGGCAGUGACUGGGGAAGUAACGUUCUAGUUCGCCUUUGGGAGAUGGCACUAUUUCAGACUAAUUUUUCUGGUGCCCUAAUCACAAACCAAUUUGUACUGACCGUGGCCAGUGCUAUUCCCGCAAAAGUUACCGAAAUAAAAGUGGAAUCUAUUUACUUGAAUGUCUAUGAUGUAGAAUGGUUCAGAAAGCAUCCCGGUUUCACAGAUUCACCAUCAAUAAGGAACAAUAUUGCUGUGAUAAAGCUGGCUCGAAAGAUGGAACCUUCUUAUCUUCAUAAGCCAAUCUGUUUGGGUAUCAAGCUAAGUCCUCCGACGACAUGGAGCGCAUAUCUCUAUAGUCGCAAUGCAGAUUUCCUGGGCAGUCGGAAUGUAGUUUUAAAAGGAUCAAUGACUGCUCCGUAGGAGACUAUCAAUUCUGCAUCGAGAUGCCCAACCAAUCAAAAUAUGCACCCUAUGAGAAACCUGGUGCUGUCAUUGGCACCAAUCAAGUGUUCAAGGGCGCUGAAAAAUAUCUAAUUGCUGGCCUAAUCAGUCACAUUCAGGAUGGUGUAAUCGUCGUUACAAGCAUUCAAGACCACCUCGAUUGGAUUUUAAAUCAGAUCCACUCCUAAAUCAACUGAAAUUCUUAAAAUGAAAUUCAACUUGCUUCUUCGCAGAAGCUUAUCUCUUCACUAGGCAGUCGAAUAUAUAUAUGUUUUUAUAGAUGUUGAAAACAUAAGAAAUAUAAAGAUAACCUGAGGGUUCACACUUG